AUGUCUGGCCCGGAAGUGCACCAUCUCUUCCACAGCCCCAUUGCCGACCAUUCCUUCUCCGCCGACCGGCAGACUCUCGCGGUCGCACGAGACAACAAUGUCGAGCUCUACCACAGAUCCGGACCCAAAUUCGUUCUGAAAGAUGAGCUCAAGGGACACGACAAGACUGUUACCGGCGUUGACAUUGCCCCCAACAGUGGGAUGAUCGUCACUUGCUCUCAAGACCGAAACGCCUACGUCUGGGAACCUUCGCCCACAGGCUGGAAACCUACCCUUGUUCUCCUCCGAAUCAACCGAGCCGCCACCUUUGUCCGCUGGUCACCGUCCGAGAAGAAGUUCGCUGUGGGAUCGGGUGCUCGCGUCAUCGCCGUCUGCUACUUUGAAGAGGAGAAUGACUGGUGGGUCUCGAAGCAUCUGAAGAAACCCAUUCGGAGCACAAUUACCACGCUGGCAUGGCAUCCAAAUUCGGUUUUGCUGGCUGCCGGAUCCACCGACUCCCAUGCGAGGGUGUUUUCGGGCUUCAUCAAGGGCAUUGACGAACGUCCAGAGGGCAGCGUCUGGGGUGAACGUCUGCCGUUCAAUACCGUCUGUGGCGAGUACCUCAACGACUCUGCUGGCUGGAUACAUGCUGUCUCCUUUUCACCCAGCGGUAAUGCCCUGGCAUUCGCCGCCCAUGACAGCAGCAUCACCGUAGUUUACCCAAACGGGCCCGAGCAGCCACCCAGAGCGAUGUUGAACAUCUCGACCCAUAUACUCCCAUUCACUAGCCUGAUUUGGAACGGCGAGAGCGAGAUCAUCGCUGCCGGCUUCGAUUGCGAAUCCAUCCGCUUCCAAGGCAAUGAGGCUGGCUGGCAGAUGAUCGGCGGCGUCGAAGCCAAAGGCCGUCAUGCUAUGGAGAGCGCCAGGGAGGAGUCAGCCCUGAACAUGUUCCGACAGAUGGAUCUCAAAGGCAAAGUCAAGGAUGAUACUCAGCUGAGCACGACGCAUCAGAAUACAAUCAACACGAUUCGCGUCUUUGAGGGCACCCCUGCCACCGUCAGAAAGUUUAGUACCAGUGGCGUCGAUGGGAGAGUGGUCAUUUGGUCCACAUAG